AUGGAAAGUUUUUUUCCAGCAUGUGAAAUAUUUGGUCAUGUGAUUGAUUGUUCGAGUCAAGUGUUGAAUCUUGAUGAAAGUAAGCGUGCACCUAAAUCGCCUCUGAGAGUUUAUUGCAAGACAGAUGUGACGAAUUCGUAUCUUGAAAGUGAUUUAACAGAAAGUCAAAGUAAAGAUAAAUUAAUUGAGAAUCUGGUGCUUUCUAUUGAAGAUAUAGAUGCAAGCCUACAUUACGUUGGAUUGCUUUUCCUACCGGUCAUCCGUUCCUUCCACAUUUUCCUUUUUGUGAUCAAUCUACAACACCUAGAGUUUGUAAUCAUUGACAACAACAAAGUUGAUCAUAUUGAUGAGAGAUAUGGUCGGUUGCCCCAAAUCAUAAAAUAGUACAUAGUUGAUUACUUAAAAUCUCAGAAUCAUCCAAAAGCUGAGAUGUUUCACCUGUGAUGCCACAUAGACUGGAAAUACCUUGGAGAACAAUAAACAACCACAUUGAUUCUGGUGUGUUUACGAUGCGUCACAUGAAAACGUAUAUGGGUGGAAGUAUGAAUGAGUUUAAAGCUGGGUUCAAGAACGAGUCUUCUACACAAGAUGAUCAACUUGUUAAACCGAGGACAAAGUAUUUAUACAAAAUUAUCACUCAUGAAUAUAAUGUGCAAAAAGUUUAUAUGCUCCAAAAGGUUGAUGAAUUCCACAAGAUUCCUUAAACACAAUGUUCUCAACUGUUGGCCAUUGCAAAGGAACAAAUUCACACGAGUUUGGAUGAUUUUAGUUAAUUAUGUUAAAAAAGUUAUUUUAGUUGUGACUUCGAUGUUUUCUUUUGGAUAGUUUUAAAACAAUGGUUUUGUAUGCUAAGGAUAUUUACUUGGGUUGCAAAACGUACAAUAGCUCCUUUUGGUUUGCUAAUACAAGUAAUGGAAUGGUG